CUGGGUCCUUCGACUGGUACCUUGAUCCUUGAAGGAUGUGAGGAAUUGUAAUUUGUUGAAUGAGGGAGAGGGAAUGUUGAUUGGUUUUGCUGGGUUAUACAAACUUCUAGUUAUUUUUGUUUCCCACGUGUAAGAGACGAUACGAGGCUACGAUGGUGGCAGUGUUUAUGUGAAGGAGUGAAGCUGUCACCAUUGUAUUGUGUGAGCUGUGAGUAAAGAUACGUACCUACCUAAGGUACCUGAUUAUUUUCAGGUGGCGGGCAGUUGGUAGCCGGUCGGAAAAGUUAUGGUGUAGCAUCGGCUGAUGGUGGGCCGUUCCCCCGAUCCCAAGCUUUCCCCGAGCUUGCUCACCUGAAGAAAAAAAAGUUACAACUUUAUUACACAUUGUCGAGGCGCAUAUUCAAACACAGCAGUAUCAGGGAGAAUAGAAGGACCAAAAGCAAAACAGUAAAGGGGUUGCGAUCGAACUGAAAAAAUCUUCAACAGAGGAGAGACGGCCCCCAAAAUGGCGACCAAUGCAGCUAACACGCAGCGGCUACUCAAGCGGCCUAUGUCGCCCUUCCGGUUUCGAACAGCGCCGGCUUAUACAUCCUUUACAUCACCACCAAGGUCGUUACCAACAACAUUUCGAGCAUACAGUGCGCAACCUCCAAGAGGCUCCAACAAUUCUGUCAAGUUCUGGCCCUUCUUGGCUAUCAUCGGUAUCGGCACUGCGGGUUAUGUGUUUAUGAUUAAGUCGAGGGCAGACAGUAGGCAUGCGCCAGUUAGAAGAUUACAAUGAGCGUUUGCUGUCACUGUUUAUAAGUCGACUCACGAUUGUACAUAAUGAUAUAGUAGUUCUUCAAAUAUCACGGCAGCACUCUUCGAUGUUUCACCAAUUGAUUUAUUC